AUGGUAGCACCAUACCACCCAGCUACAAACGGGCAGGCUGAGAGAUUCGUCCAAACCUUCAAAGACAAGCUGAAGGCUUUGAAGUGUGAACGCAAGGAUGUCCAGCUGGAACUGUACAAAAUUCUGAUGGCGUAUCGACGUACCAUUCAUCCCACAACCGGCGAAUCUCCAUCUAUGCUAGUAUUCGGGAGGCAAUUGAAGUCGCGGUUAGAUUUAAUUAUUCCGAGUGAUACAAACACAAGUUCUAAUCGCGAGAGGAAUAUUGCAGUGAGAGAUUUUGGUGUUGACGAUCGAGUUUCGGCUCGUGACUUUUUGAGUUCAUCGAAGUGGCAAUUCGGAACAGUGAUGGAACGCGUGGGCAAACUUCAUUACAUAGUUAAAUUGGAUGAUGGUCGCAUUUGGAAACGACACGUAGAUCAACUUCAACCCGGUCCAGUGAAGGAAGCAUCUGAUAAGGAGGCUUUGAUCGAUGCUAAUGAAGUUUAUUGCAGUAGCCGAGCCAGAAAUAUGCUGUUACCUCCCCCAAUUCAGUUACCGCCUGAACAGGGCUACAAUAACCAGGGCAGUUACCAACAAACGAGAUCAACAGGCGACCAAACGAAAAUGCCAACACACUUCCAAACAUCAACUGAUCACUUUGUAGAACUUUCAAGGGAAAACAAAUCCGAACAGGCAAACGAAGCAAGUUUCAGGAGCACUGACAUAUCUCGGCGAUCCACUAGAAUCAGAAAACCUCCAAAUAGAUUAGAUUUAUAA